CGUCUGUUGCGAGAGUCUUCAAAUAGUGCUACACAAGCGGUUCUUAAAAUGAGAUAUGAAAAUGGCUUGCCAGUAUUCGAAGUACCGCUGCCGUCAAGAAACGAAACCUGUCAAUUUAUUCUGAAGCCUGUGGGUGAUACGGUGACGAGGUUUUGUGAUUAUAUCAAAUGUGAAGAUAAAGGAAUAGAACUUGUAAAUAUAUAUUCUUCAAAUGGUAGCCGGAUUGCUGGAAGUACAUCCGUAGGUGACUUAUUGAUACGAGGCAAUUUUAGAUUACGAAUCAACGAUAUGUUUUAUAUUGUUGAAGUACCGUCUCUGAAUGGUGACAAAAUCUUUCACAGAUGUUUUGCAAUAGUGAAUAUGCAGGAAAGUGAUACGGGAUACGAUAAAAUGCAAAAAUUUGAUGACAUUAAGUGUGCCGUCGCGUAUUUACAUUCUGUGAUGAAUGUUGAGGAAUACAAAGCACUUCGUGAACGAAUUCUUUUGGAAAAGUAUGAGACUGUGCAGGCAGAAUUAAAACCUCUGCUUGAAGCGAAAGCUAGAAUUGAUACACUUUGUAAAAAGCGUGCUCAGCGAGUUCUAUGGAUAACCUUUGGGGCUAUGGGCUUUCAAGCAGGAUUUUUUGGUCGAUUAACUUGGUGGGAAUAUAGUUGGGAUAUUAUGGAACCCGUAACAUAUUUCACAACAUAUGCUUCCCUCAUUGCAUCAUUUGCUUAUUAUAUUUAUACCAAUCAAGUAUCAUUUUUUAAAGCACUUGUUCAGUUUCUUUCAUAUGAUUACAACGAGCAUAAACGAAGAGCGAUAAGCUUGCAUUUUCAUAAGAAAGCAACGAAAAACAAUUUCGACAUAUCCAGAUUCAAUGAGCUGCAAAAUGCUGCAAAUUCAAUAAAACUUGAUUUGAAAAGGCUUCGAGAUCCACUGUAUCAAGGACUGCCUACUACGAAUUUGACAUCAUUAUUAAAAUCGAGUGAGGAAAUAUCAUGCAUAAAUCCCUCAAAAGAAUUUCAUUGA